AUGAGUUCAGGGAAUACACCGCGGAUUGAGCUCAAUCCGUUCGAGGAUCCUCCGGAGACAUCGGACAAUGCGCUCUAUUUCAAUUCGAACCAGUCAAAUGACUACUUGAGCAGCAUGGAACCGAGUCGACCUGGUAGUGCCGGAGGUGUCAGACCCAAGGACAAGAAGAAGGUUGGCUUCCACCCAGACGCAGAAGAGCCACCACUUUUCAGGAAACAUCGGCCCGCUAGUAUCACAUUACCUACGAGGAUUACUUUGACGCCGCCUAGUGGUCUGAGUCCUGGCUUUGCAUCCUCCGAGAGUCCAUUUACUUCGCAUUCUCGGGAUUCUAGUGGAACGAGCGAGGCAUUGUUAUCAUCUUAUCGUAGCCAUGCUCCUGAUGUAUCCUCCGAAGACUCGGAACAGAUCAAGGCUGCCUUUGCCUCUUCGGCCUCGCCAACCGCUUCAUCGCCUACCAUGCCACGAAUGCCUCCUCGACCUGUUCUCCGGCGUGGUGAUUCGGCCCUCUCGACCGUCUCAGACACGGAUCACGAAAACACAGUUCAGAGUCGACGGGCUCGUGAGGCGCACGAACGUGGAAAGAGACUGGAACUAGACGAGCGCAUAUCUUCGGCUCCAGCUUCAAGAGCCGCCUCGCCUGCACGCAAACUUGGUCUACCCAAGCUCAAGCUGAACCUUAGCGAGAUCCCCCUGCAAGACUUUAGCAAGGUCGACUUUUCCGAAGAACCCAACGAGCACGACCCCCUUCAUCAUCUCGAUGAUGCAACAUCUGACGACCUCCACGCAUCGGCACACAAGCUUGUGCGUGCUCACGCCUCGAUGGCUCAACAGCUUCUACAUAUCGAUGCCUCUUCUGGUCUGGCAUCUGCUGUAGCCACUCCCAAUGAGGAGCGUGAAGCAUAUCUUGAUUAUGUUCCAAAGCCUGAGCGUCACCGUGCCGGUGUCCUUGGCGCUUUGCUUCGACUAUACAACCACGACGGUCCGGCCGGCUCGGGACACGAACGCUCCUCUAGCCUUCCACGGGCUGCACACUUCCGUGAUGGAAGCAGUGGUUUCAACACGCCACAGCAUUCGCCUCCUUCCUCUGGAUACAACACACCAAGUGGCAGGCCUCUCUCUGGUUAUAGCACUCCUGGUGGCAGACAGUCAAGGCUAUGGCACUCGAAAAGUUAUAGCAAUUCGACAUCUUCUCUGGCCUACUUGGUUGGUUCUUCUGUAAGUGGAGGUACUCCAAUCGCGGGCCUGCCUCUGGGAGAACAAGUUACGGAAAACUUACGCCAACGUCACGAAUCCGAGAAGAAAGCCAAANAGUCUCGCGGCACCAAUGUCUUGAGUCGCAUGGGUCGUUCACGCUUGGAUGAAGAGAUCAGGAUCACAAAGCACAUCAAGGAGAAUUUGGCUCGACAAAAGUAUCUCCUCAAGCUUUGCCGAGCUUUGAUGACCUAUGGUGCGCCAACCCAUCGCCUGGAAACGUAUAUGCGUAUGAGCGCCAGAGUCCUUGAGGUUGAUGCCCAGUUUCUUUACAUGCCAGGUUGUAUGAUAUGUUCAUUCGACGACCUCUCGACCCACACAACGGAAGUUAAGAUGGUCCGCGCUGGUGAAGGUUUGAAUCUUGGAAAGCUCAGGGAUUGUCACGAAGUCUACAAGGAAGUCCUUCACGAUCGUCUGGGAGUCGAUGAUGCUACUGAACGUCUUGACGAGAUUUUCAACAAAGAACCACACUUCAACAAUUGGGUGAUGGUAUUCGUGAGUGGUCUAGGCACUGCUUCUGUUGCACCCUUUGCAUUCAACGCUGGCUACCUGGAUUUGCCAAUCUGUUACUUUCUUGGCUGCAUCGUAGGAUAUCUUCAGGUGGUGUCCUACCGUAACGAAGGUGUCCUGAACAUGUUCGAAGUUCUUGCAACCAUCAUAACAUCAUUCCUGGCUCGAGCUUUCGCUUCUAUAGGUCAUGGUCGCUACUUUUGCUUCUCGGCUCUUGUCCAAUCUUCGAUUUGUCUAAUUCUGCCCGGCUGGAUAGUACUUCGCGCCUCGCUAGAACUCCAAUCGAAGAGCAUGGUCUCUGGAAGCGUGAGAAUGGUCUGGGCUAUUAUUUAUUCGCUCCUCCUCGGAUUUGGAAUCACGAUCGGAACCGUUCUGUACGGUGCUAUUGAUAAAAAUGCGGUGUCGACAACAACGUGCGGGGCUGAUCGCCAGAUUGGAGCGCACAUUCAGCUGAUCGCUGCACUGAUUUUCUCAUUUUCUUUAUGCGUGCUGAAUCAAGCCAAAUGGAGGCAAAUGCCUGUUAUGAUCAUCAUCGCAUUCAUAGGACGUCUGGUUAGCGUUGGUCUCGGUACGAAGUUUAAGGGCAAUGGCCAGAUCAGUGCUACAAUCGCUGCCCUUGCUAUUGGUCUCGCUGCAAAUCUGCAUUCACGAUUUGGAACCAAAAUCGAGAACAAAGCCCUGGACAUUUGGGAGGCCUAUCUGCGACCACACGUCAGAAAUUUCCACAAGCGAAUCCGUGGCAAAUCAACAGCUCUUCGCGACCGACAUUCUAAGAAGACGAUGGAAAGCAUGGAGUUCGGAGAGGCAUACGACAGCGAAAGCAUCUUUGUGCCACACAUCAGACGCGUUGGCUACGGUCUCGCAGCCGCGGCCAUGUUGCCCGCUAUCCUCGUACAGGUGCCUAGUGGUCUCGCUGUCAAUGGGAGUCUGCUAUCUGGUGUCCAAGCUGCCGAUCAGAUCGCGGGAAAGGGUCAGAAUGGCAGUACGGUUACUGAUGCCGCAACACUUCAGUCCGGUGGCAGCGUAAACUCUGUGGCUUUCAACGUCGGUUAUUCCGUGGUGCAAAUUGCAAUCGGCAUCACGGUGGGUAUAUUCGCAUCCACGUUGAUAGUGUACCCAUUCGGCAAGAGGCGCAGUGGCCUGUUCAGUCUGUGA